AUGUCACUGAACCUCUGUAAUUGGAGAGACAACACCUGGUUAGGGUCAACGGUGGAAAGUAUCGAAAGAGUAUGCAGACAAUACACAGACGAAUCCGAGGCAGGAACAAGGGAACAACAUCCAAAGGAAACACUCUGGAUAGGAUGGUUGGAUGAGUACAACACAGGUGAUUCCGCCUCUCAACUAGCCAAACAAUAUCUGAACCUCCGACGGCAGGACCCAAUAAAGGGAUGCGGAGGGAGAACAAGGAGUAUGAAUAUCAAUACAUGGGAAAAGUUAGUCACCGACGUAUUGGAUAAGAUACAAAAUGUGAAGGAGUUAAGGUAUGCAUGUCGUCAAAAAGACACAAAUCAGGAAGGACUACGUUAUGAUAAGGCCCCAAACUGGAAAGAUCUUUUAUGCCGACGUUGUUGGCCCGAAACAGAGGGCUCAAGGGCCAUCUUAGGAGCCCUGACGUGCAUAAUAGCCAGAUUAGCUCAGCCGACCGAGAACAAUAACAACAAAGGGAUGGACACUCCUGAUCCAUGUCGAGAUGUAUUACGCGAGCUGCGAGUAGGGGAGUCUGACUGGGCGCCGUGGUUAACUACAGCCCCAAGCCCCCCUCUAACAGAUUGUCCAGACACACCAGGCGAAGAAAGGAAGAGGGAGGCGGAACAAAGCAAGAUUAGUUUAGUCUUGAGCAUUUAUGGCGCCUUAAGAGAAUUAUGUCCCACCUGUGGACCAUAUCAUUUAACACCAUGGAUAGCUCCAACACCCGGGGACUUCCUGCCACAAGGGAACUUAUAUUGUUUAUUAAACGAGAAAAAUCUGAACUGUAGUUCACAACUAAAUCAGCGCCAGAUAAACACCAGCUAUUUGUUGUAUCGGGGGAAAACCAUCAGUCGAAAAAAUAACUCUCAGACCCACACGCCCCCCGAUACAAGAAAACAGUCCCCCGGAGGGGAGAGAGAAACUCAACCCCAAGGAACAUCUAUUCAGGCUCAAUCACAUCGGACAAUAUCUAAUCAGCAAACCACAGCCUCCAACCAGAAGUCGAUGCCUCAAGAUAUCCCAAAGGAACAAAAAACAACUGAAAGAGGAGAAAACGGAUCCAGGGAUGACCCCCCUGGAAAAAGCUUCAAGAACGACUCAGAGGGGUUGAUGGGCCUGAAUUCAGCAUCUUCCCCCCCAAGAGUCGGGGACCCAAGGGACCAGCUGAGCAGUAGAGUUAGCAGUGGACCUGUAAUGAGUCAAAUCGAACCCCCACAACUCCCGAAGGCCGUCUCAGAGACAGAAGGCAGAAAUCGAACAAGCCACCAGAAACUGACUGCUGAAGUAUUUAACAGCUCCCCAAAGGUGAUUGGGGGCGUUAUUACGGCACUAAUUCUGGGAAGUUUAAGUAUGUAUGGAGCCUGGAGAAUAAGAUAUGGAAAGCGCAGGAACCCGGAACCAAAAUCCUCCCGAAUCAAAAUCCUGGUAAAGUAUCCAAGUUCAGGGAAUACUUUAGCUGACACAGAAGAAGAACCAAGAGGCGAGGGAAACAAUUAA